AUGGGGAGGGUUUCGUCAUCAUUGGUCAGUGUAGUGGUCAGUGGGCGCGCAGAGCGGUGGGGCGGCGGAAGUUGGCUUCAGUGGUGCUUGGCUCCUUCAACGGUGAGUGGGACUUCGUCGUCGCCUGCGAUAAAACCGUGCAUUCUGUUCGGUGACGACAAAAAAUUACGGGAACGGAAAAAACACAAAUUGAACACAUUAGAAAAAAUCUUUGGUGUAAGGCCCGGUCCGUACACUUCAUACCAGAAAUGUUUAACAUUUUUGCCCGCCAAGAACGAUGAAAAUCCUGAUCGAAAUGAGCUUAAAAGUCCAUAUCGUAAAGUUUUAAUCACAUCUAUCGAUGAUUUGAUGCAAAAGGAGCAGGGUUUCCAUGAAGAAAUGAUCAGCAAACUUCUAAGCAGACCUUUCAAAAUGCCCAUUCCUGAUUACAGAAGUCCUGGUAGUUCUCGUCCUCUUGGCCUCCGUCAUUCGACGGUUCGCUGUGCAUUGUUUGACCCAUAUACUGAAGGAGCAUUGGUGCUAUUCACACCACCGGAACUUAGUGCACAUGAUACACUCAAACUUGAUACUACUAACAAACAGGUGAAUAUCGCUUCACUUGUACAUGUUGUGGUGGAUCCAAUUCUGAGCGCUGUUCUGCGACCUCAUCAACGGGAAGGUGUGAAAUUUAUGUAUGAUUGCGUCACCGGUGUUCGCAUACCUUCCGCAUAUGGUUGUAUCAUGGCUGAUGAAAUGGGUUUGGGCAAAACACUGCAAUGUAUCACGCUAAUGUGGACAUUACUUAGGCAAGGACCAGAUGGAAAGCCGACAUUGAAUAAGGCAGUGAUUGUCUGUCCGAGCAGUCUUGUUAAGAACUGGGAUAAAGAAAUUAGAAAGUGGCUCGGCGGACGAGUAAACGCAUUACCCGUGGAUUCAGGAGGGAAAGAUGAAAUUGACAGGAAUUUAGGAAAGUUCAUAUCUCAGAUAGGUGUACGUUGCCCUACACCUGUGCUCAUUAUCUCCUAUGAAACUUUUCGGCUUCAUGCUUCCAUUCUGUUGCAGAAGGAAGUUGGAUUAAUCAUUUGCGAUGAGGGUCAUCGUUUAAAAAAUAGUGACAAUCAAACAUAUCAAGCGCUUUUCGGUUUAAAAUGUGAGCGACGAGUACUUAUUUCUGGCACUCCAAUACAAAAUGAUCUUUUGGAAUAUUACAGUCUUAUAAAUUUUGUAAAUCCUGGCAUACUUGGAACAGCCUUAGAAUUUAAACGACGUUUCGAAAAUAUUAUUCUCCGAGGCCGAGAUGCUGAUGCGACAGAUGCACAGCGUGAAAGAGGUGAUGCUGCACUCCUGGAGAUGUCAGCCAUUGUCAAAUAUGAACUUAUUAUUUGUUGUAAGUUAACGGAACUGCAAGAGAAAUUAUAUAAACAACUUAUUAGUGCAUUUUCAAUCAGUGGAAAGGAGAAAGUAACUGAAAGUGAUAAAAUAACGGGAACGGCGCUCUCAUUCAUUACAAAUUUGAAGAAACUAUGUAAUCAUCCACAGCUGAUACUUAAUAAAUGCCAGAAGAAAGAGGAAGGAUUUGAAGGUUGUUUAAAAUUGUUUCCUGGAGAAUUUGGUCGGAAGUUUGAGCCAGCAUUUUCUGGAAAAAUGAAAGUUCUAGACUAUUUGUUAGCAGCAACAAGAGCAGCUACAAAUGACAAAUUUGUUCUGGUGUCUAAUUAUACACAAACGAUUGAUGCAUUUGUUGAAUUGUGUCAACUUCGUCGCUAUCCGUAUAUUCGUUUGGAUGGGACUUGUACAAUUAAACAGCGAGCGAAAUUAGUGGAGAAAUUCAACGAUCCCGAGAGUGCCGAGUAUGUAUUUCUGCUGUCAUCAAAAGCGGGCGGCUGUGGUUUAAAUUUGAUUGGUGCAAAUCGACUUAUAAUGUUUGAUCCGGAUUGGAAUCCAGCAAAUGAUGAUCAGGCGAUGGCUCGAGUGUGGAGAGAUGGCCAGAAGAAAAAUUGUUUUAUUUAUCGACUAUUAGCGACUGGUAGCAUCGAGGAAAAGAUGUUUCAACGACAAGCGCAUAAGAAAGCACUCUCGUCUUGUGUUGUUGAUGAAAUUUCGGAUGUAGCACGGCACUUCAGCAAGGAUCAACUGCGUCAUUUGUUUGAUUUGAAAACAGACAUUGCAUCAGACACGCAUCAAUCAUUAAAAUGUGAUCGAUGCGUAAAUGGUAUCGAAUACAGAGAACCUCAGGAGCACGCUGAUACGAACUCUGAUCUCAGUGAGUGGUAUCAUGUUCAAAAAGACGUACGUAAAGUGCCGGACAAAAUACUGAAAAGGGUCUUUGAUUGUGGAGCUAUUACAUUUGUUUUUCAUCAGAAAUCUCACGAUGUAAGAAGCGAAACAUUAAAAGAGGACGAAAUUAAAGAGGAUGAUUUGUUGAAUGGAGAGGGAGAGAACUGA